UCUAGACAACAUGCUAAUACAGGAGCCUCUGGUAGUGAGUAACUAAGCGUAACUUAGAAACCGGGUCGCUAGAUGACGCUAUGUAUAAAAAAUCGAUACUUGUCUUUCUCAUAAAUGAAACGUCACUUUGUGACAUCACGUAUCACGACAUCACGAGUACCUCUGUCAUUUUCCAUUUUGCGAAUUUGCCAUUCCUUUUCCGUGUGUUUUCCGGAAAACAAGGCAUGGUUCACGAGCAGUGCGACAAAAACCGAGUAAAUCUAACCGAUUGACAACUAAAGCAGGUAUUUUUUCCACCACAGUUUCAUCAAAAACUCAAGAUUCCACCGAAAAACGCUUCCCAGCCCGAAGGGUGGCUUCCGAAGGGUCAUAACGUGGACGAAGCUAGCCCAGAUACUAGCAGCCUUCUACUUCCGUACAACUGGAAAAUCUUCCUGAACGGCGAGCCGCCUUGGGUUUGCUAGCCGGGCCGUCAUCAGUAGCGAGCCCAAUUAGCACAUUUUAAAACACACACAAAUACAACCUGUGCGAUCCUGAGCACAGGCUGCCUCCUUGUUUAUUUCACUUCAACUUUAUAAUCGUUAUUAACAAAUCUAUCUUUAAAAGAACCCAAAAAUUUAUCACCUGCGUAACAUAUUAAGAUAAUUAAAAUGAAAUUGACAAACAUGGAAGAACGCAUUCACAUCCUCCACGGCCAAUCAACCACCUGGUCGGUUAUCAAAGACAUCGUUUCAUCCAACAACCAGGAAGACGCGUUCUAUGUAUGCGAUGUGGGAGAUAUCAUCAGGAAGCAUAAGAUCUGGAAGGCGAUGCUGCCGAGAGUCGAGCCGUUCUACGCCGUCAAAUGCAACGACAACUUAGUUGUCCUGGAGGUGUUAAAUGCUCUGGGAACUGGCUUUGACUGCGCCUCAAAGGCUGAAAUCAACAAAGUGAUGGGAUUGGGUGUGUCGUCUGACCGCAUCAUUUUCGCCAACCCUGCGAAACCAGCCAGCCAUCUGCGUCAUGCUGCUGAGAUGGGGGUCGGUCUCAUGACCUUCGACAGUGACACCGAACUGCAUAAGAUAAAGAAGCUCUACCCGGAUGCCAGAUUGGUCAUCCGCAUCCGUAGCGACGCUGUAGACGUUCAAUGCCAGCUAGGCAACAAAUUCGGGUGCGACGCAAACCUUGAAGCACCUAGCCUCCUAGCGCUCGCCGCCCAUUUAGAUCUGGAAGUGGUGGGAGUUAGUUUCCACGUAGGAAGCGGAUGUCGCGAGCCAGCCGCGUUCAACAGGGCGAUCAGGGCUGCUAAGGGCGUGUUUGAACAAGCGCAAAGGCUGGGGUACAACCUGUCGUUGCUUGAUAUUGGUGGCGGCUACCCUGGUGGGAAAGCGGAAUCCAUACAGCAGAUGGCCGAAGAAAUAAACUGCGCUCUCGACGAGUACUUUCCUGAGACUAACAUCCGAAUUAUUGCCGAACCUGGAAGAUUUUUCGUCGGCUCAGCAUACACCUUAACAUGCAACAUUUAUUCCAUCCGUAAUGUUGUGCAAACUGACUCUGAAGGCAACAUUGUUGAUACCCACCGCAUGUACUACAUCAACGACGGCGUGUACGGCAGCUUCAAUUGCAUCCUGUACGAUCACCAGGUCGUGGAGCCGAAGCCCUUGGAGCAGGCCCCCGACGCAGUGUAUCGCCCAAGCAGCGUGUGGGGCCCCACUUGUGACGGUCUGGACCAAGUGGUCGACAACGUCAUGCUGCCCGAGAUGAAGGUCGGCGAUUGGUUGGUCUUCGAGGAUAUGGGUGCCUAUACCUUGCCGGUGGCCAGUCCUUUCAACGGCUUCCCCGUGCCGAAGGUGCAGUUAAUGUUCGAUGAAGAUGUAUGGAGUUUCUUGAAGGAUGUCCUCAACCUGACCGAAGACCACUUCGAAAUGUUGAAAGUACCGUCAGAUCUUCAUCUGACGAAGGAGGUGGACUCUGGUUUCCAACUGCCAGAUUUUCCCAUCAAAAUGGAGAUUCCUUGUCGCAAUGGCAAUUCUGUAAAACAGCACAUUCUUGAUUAUGUCAAUGUCGCUGCCGAAUAAUUCCAUGUCUGUUGUAAUUUUUCUUAUCAAGUUCUACAAAUGUCGAGGUAUGCCUUGAGAGAAUAUUUUUGUAUAAUUGUCAAAAAUCUGAAAUCUUGAUGGUUUGCAAAUGACCAGGGAUGGAGGUAUUUAUCUUGAAUUGGUAAUAUGUGUCAGAUCUAGUCUUAGUUUAAUAAAAUAUUUACCUAAACACUGUCUAAAAUGGAAGGACGUAAAGUAUUUCUCUCCAGUUUUGUUCAUCCCAAAGUAAUAUGGCAAGGGGUACUACAGGAAGACGUUUUUUGCAACUGAAUCAGUCCAUUAUAUUUCAGGUUUUCUAGUGUUGUACUUGAGAAGUACCAGAAAAUUAUCGAUUUCAAAAUAUCUAUGCACGUUCAUAAUAUGUCUAAAAGUUAUAAAAAGAAUUUAGGAUAAACCGUGAUUUCAGUUUUUGACAAUACUGUAAUUGUUGAUAUGGUACCGUAUGAGAUCUAAGUUGUACCGUAUCGUACACAGUUUUUCUGAUUGGUUCAACCAUGCCCUGGCAGUAAAACGAUUAGCUUGAUUUCCAUAUUCUGUCAAAAUAUUUCGUCGGUGUGUCCAAAGAAACGACAUUAUGACGUUCAAUCAUCACGAAAAUUUUAGCAGUUGCCGCGUUUUCAGGUAGAUGCUUUAAUUUAUGUUUUAAAAAAACGUUUUGUCAAGAAGAGUAACUUGAACGCAUACUUACAGUUGGUGUAUCUACUGCUAAGGUGGUGAAAAAUUAAGCCUUUAUGUUGAAUCCACCAGAAGAAUAGAUUACUUGGGCAUUACAUUAUUUUGAAGCAUUUCAUGACUUGUAGAACUUUUUGACGUAAGCGAGAAAACUUCAAUGUUUAAUCUUUUCUACAAACUAAGUAUUCCUAUUGAAUGUAUUGCAGGUUGAGAUGUGGGGUUUUUUAUUAACAUUUUUUAAUCCAAUUCAUUAAUGUAACAAGAAUUCUGGUUACGAUGUUAUUGGUGCUAUUUAAUUGGGUUAGGAAAUGUUGGUUGUUUUAAAUUUUUAUUAUAUUUGGGUUUCUUAUCAAAUUUUCACUUUUUUGAGAGAACUUUUUAUAUUUAAAAGGUAUAUUUGUUAAUUACAUAUUAUAAACUGGCUGAAUCAAUGUUUGUCGAUUAUUAUACCGCAUGGUUUAAGAUGCAUUUAUCCAUGAGUCUUGCAUUGUUUUAUUAUGUACCAUACAUAUGUGGUUUAUAUCCAUUCACAAUGGCAACAGAAUUAACGAUCAAGAGUCCAAAAUAUGAUUAUCGAAAAAAGAACAUACUGUAAUGUAAACUGCCAAAUAUUAAACUUUCCAUAUUUACAACUAUGUAAUCAUGCUGGCGAUAAUUUUCGAAAACAUGAUUUUUGGCCAAUGUGUAUAAGCAAGGGGGCAGCUUAAAGCUUAAAGCAAAACGGAACAUGUCUUUACCAUCCUAGUUUAUUUUGGUAUUUUAGUAUUUAUUUUUAAAUACACUAGGAUGCAAUUACUGCAUUGCUUGUUAGAUAUUAGUGCUGUGCUACCAUAGAAAAUAUAUCAUCAAUGUGGCAUUCCAGUGCUUUAUUUCAAAGUUAGAUUAAACUGCGGUCUUUUCAACAUUUUUAUUCCCAUCCUGAAAUUAAUCUGACUGAAAACAAUAAACGAAUCGAAUUCAAUGUCUUUAGGAG